AUGGGUGUUGGUGGCGGGGCUGGCAAGUUUCGUGUGAAAGCCAGACGUGUUUAUGAACUGGAUGAAAAAAUUAUUCUGAAUAAGAAUGCUGACAACUUGUUCAUGCCGCUAGCUUUCGACCCAAAUGAUGAGGAUAUCUUCUACACAUGCGCGGAUCCCAACAACAUUGUCAUGUUCGACACUCGCACAAGAAGGUGGAGAAUGGUGGAUGGAAAGGGUACAAGCUUUACUAUGUUCUUCCCAUUAGUGAUCCCAUGGUGGCCAACACCAGUUCCUAGACUAUCACAACAUUCCCGACAUGCCCCCACGGAUUGUUCCUAG